AGAAGCUUCAUCCUACUUUCUCUCUCUUUUCGUUGUAUAUAUUUCUUUCAUUUUUUUUCUUUAUAAAAAUGAAUAGUAUUGUAAAUACAUUUGAAGCUAAUUCUUCAUUUGGACAUAUUACAUUGAAUGACUAUACAGUUGAAUUUAUUGAUACUCCUCAGUUUCAGCGUUUAAGAGGUUUGAAGCAGCUAGGAGUACUUUAUUUUGUUUUUCCCGGUGCAAGUCAUAAUAGAUUUGAACAUUCAAUAGGUGUAUCACAUCUUUCUGGAACACUUAUUGAAAGAUUUGCAAGAGAUCAGCCAGAAUUGGAUAUUCGUAAUGAUGAAAUUCGAUGGCACGGACCAUUUAGCCAUGUAUUUGAUAAUGUAUUUAUGCCUCAGGCAAAGCCCGGUUUGAAUUGGUCUCAUGAACAAGGUUCAGAAAUGAUGCUUGAUUAUUUAGUUGAUGAUAAUCAUAUUGAUAUUGAAAAACAAGAUAUUCAAUUUAUGAAGGACUUAAUUAUGGGCGAACCUACAAGUUCAUUUAGUCAAAAAUAUGCUGAUCGUAGAUUCUUAUUUGAUAUUGUUGCUAAUAAAAAGAAUAGUGUAGAUGUAGACAAGUUUGAUUAUAUUGAAAGAGAUGCUUAUAAUAUGGGAUUACGUAGUUCUUAUGAUGCGAAAAGACUGUUAGUUUAUAGCCGAGUCAUUCAUGAUGAAAUUUGUUAUCAUCAUAAAGAAUUAUUCAAGCAAAUUUAUAAUCAUCGUGUCGGUAAAGCAAUUGAAUUAAUGAUUGUGGAUGCACUUUUAUCUGCAGAUAGUUAUUUAAAGAUCUCAGAUGCAGUCAAUAAGCCAGAAGAAUAUCUUUAUCUAAAUGAUAUUAUUCAUACUAUCGAAAAGAUCCAAAUAACACGUAACUUGUAUAAAUUUGUAGAUGAAUACUUGAUCCCACCUGAAUUAGAAUUAUUUUUAAAUAAGGACAGAGUGACUCCUCAAGAUAUUGUUAAUCAUCAAACAGAUAAUGCUGGAUUAGUACAAGAAGAUAUCAUUGUUGAUUUUUCUAAAGUCAAUUAUUCUAUGAAUGACAGUAACCCUGUCGAUUCAAUUCGUUUCUUUUCAAAGUUUAAUCAAGAAGAAUCUUUUAAAAUUCCACAAGAAAAGGUCUCUUAUAUGAUUCCUAAUAAAUUUCAAGACAUAAAUAUUCGUAUCUAUACUCGAAAUCCAUAUAAGAUGCAAGCAGUUCAAAAGGCUUUCCGUCGUUACCUUGCAAAUAUUACACAUACUGAGACUUUAAUGGAUCCCUCUAUCACUGUUCCUGCUGAUUAUGAGAAUUUUGUCAUCGCAAAGAAGCGACGUAUAUCAUCAAUAGAAGAUAAAGGAAAAUAGAUUAUUUUAAAUGUUGAUGUUAUAAAAAGUAUAUAUCGAAUAAGCUACUAUUAUGUAUAAUAAUAAUAAAUAGAUGAGUUAUAAGUGAAUAUAUCAUUCAUUUAAUUGCAGGAAAGAGUGAG